UUCUCAUUGGUCACAGUUCGAACGCAAUGCUGUUUCAGGCUUUAAAUAACGACAUCGUACGAUAAAGGCUACAGGAGUCGUGCAAUUGCACCCAGACUCGCCCAUACUCGAAGGUUGCUGACCUCUUGGUUGAACCGCGGGGAGACUCCGACUAUCAAUUGUGGGUUUCCCCAGAUUACCUCGGAGGGCUCCCUGUGCCAGCGAGUGGACCCCGGCGCCUAAUUGUAGGUGUCUGGAGCUGCGAUACCCGAGCUCAAGUCCCACGUGUUUCCUCCUUUUUCGUUGAAGUCCGGGUCGUGGAUAUGGAUAUGUCCUCAACCAUAACAGUGUCUAGCUAGCAUUCUUGGGCGCACGCCCACUCGAAAUCUCCCCUGGCACCAUGACAGACCUCGUCCGCUCCGAGGGCAACUUGCCCAAUCACGACGACCGCGAAGACCACAGCAUCCUCUCGCGCAUGGCGCGCCUCCGCAAAGACCCAUUCAACUUUGCCCACGAGAUCUCAUUGUUUGUGCGCGGUGUAGGAUGGCGCGGAUACAAUCAUGUCAUCGGGCAGCCCGCCUUCUACCCUGGGUACACGGCCGACGUCAAAUCCGCCGUCAUGGCCUCGCCCAUCCUGCGCAGAAGGAUCAUUCAGCUCACAGAGGCUCGCCUACAAGUGGAAGAGAAGGAGGGUCUUCUGGGAACUGGCACAUCUACGGACAUGGAAGAGAGGGAGAAGAGGAGGCACGAGAUCACCUCGCAGUUGAUCGAGAUUACCAGUGACAUGGUUGACAGAAUGAUGUGCAAGAUGGAGAGCAAACCAUACCUGCGCACUGCCUUCUACGUGGUCACCCAGCUCCUGACCAGGGCCUACAGCGCUAUUCACGUCUCCGAGGCCGAGGUGAAGAGAUUGAGGGAGAUUGCAACGCUAGCUGCAAAGAAGAAACAAUCCAUCAUAUUCCUACCACGCCAUACUAGCCAUAUUGACUAUGUCACCCUCCACUUGGUUUGUUAUCGUCUCGGUCUCACACUGCCCGUCGUAGUGGCUGGCGACAACCUGAACUUUCCUCUUGUCGGCAGCUUCUUACAAAGCGUCGGAGCAAUGUGGAUUAGGCGGAGUUUUGACAAUGACAAGUUGUACACCACUCUUGUACAAGCUUACUUGGACACGCUGCUCCAGAAGGGCUACAAUCUGGAGUGUUUCAUUGAGGGAACCAGAAGUCGGACCGGAAAGUUGUUGCAACCUCGCUUUGGAAUCCUCAGCUUUCUCCUUGAUUCUGUACUUUCGGGAAGGACAGAGGAUGCUUAUAUAUGCCCGGUGUCUCUCCAGUAUGACAAGGUGAUUGAGGUCGACUCGUAUGUGAGCGAGCUACUGGGAAAGCCGAAGGAAAAGGAAAAUCUGGCCGCUUUCCUUUCGUCAUCCAAGGUCCUGUCUCUGAACCUGGGGAGAAUUGACUGCAGAUUCCAUGAGCCUUGGAGCCUCAAAGAGUUCAUCGAAGGACAGCAACGACGGGACGACACGUCACUCCAGAUCUCGGCGGGAUCGACCGACCAACAGACUCGGGCUCGCUUGUUACGCACGCUGGGGUACAAGGUACUUUCAGAUAUCAAUGCAGCAUCCGUUAUCAUGCCAACGGCAUUGGUCGGUACAGUCCUUCUCACGCUUCGAGGUCGUGGUGUUGGCAAGUCCGAGUUGAUACGCCGAGUGGACUGGUUGUGCGCGAGAACGAGAGCCAACGGAGGCAAAGUUGCCGACUUUCACGGAAUGCCGACAUCAUACGUGGUCGAAAAAGCCCUGGAAGUACUGGGCCCGAAAUUGGUUGGCAAAGUGGAAGGACUUGCGGAAGAAACGUACUAUGCCGUUGACCGAUUCCAGCUCUCAUUCUACAGAAACAUGACCAUCCACCUUUUUAUUUCGGAAUCGCUCAUAGCUGCGGCCCUCUACACCAAGGUCAAGCAGGGUGGCGGCAGCGCCAACGAGCGGAUGAGGGAGACCGAAUUGACCCAAAAAGUCGCGUUUCUGUCCCAGUUGUUCCGCGGCGAGUUCAUAUUCCCUGCUGGACAGGGUCUGAAGCAUAACCUCGACAACGCAAUGCGAGGCUUGUUACACGACGGUGUGCUCGCAGCAACAGAGGAGGGCGGCGAACGCUGGAUCGGCCUAUCGGAUGCUGAACGGAACCUAGGCCGAGAGAAUUUCGACUUCUAUUGCUUCUUGAUUUGGCCCUUUGUCGACGCCGCUUGGCUGGGGGCCGUCUCUUUGCUAGUCCUGGUACCACCCGUCACUUCCUCAACCGCCUGGGUCGACAUGCAGAAAGCUCAGGGCGUUGCCCAGCUGGUCGGACGGACCCUCUACCACCAAGGCGACCUCUCAUAUUUCGAGGCAAUCAACAAAGAGUCCUUGAAAAAUGCCUAUAGCCGGUUCCAGGAGGAAGGGAUCAUCUGGUUGGCCAAAGGCAAGGAUUCGAAAAGUCCAGCCAUGGUCCGGUUAGCCCCUGAUUGGACGCCUGAUCGAGAUCCCACCACAGGACAAUUCAAAGCUCAAGGCCGCUUGUGGGAUUUGAUCGAGGCUAUAGCAUUGCACCGAAGGGAGGGCAAGAACCGUCGCGACAGCGCAGCGGUUUCCGUGCGAGUACUCUCCUUGACCGCUAGGCUUAAUAAAGAUAUGUUCGAUAUUAGCGAGCCGACGUCGGUGGAAGAGACGCAGGUCAAGCCCAAAGAAAGGAAGCGGAGGUCCAGACUGUAACCAACGAGGUAAACUUCUAUACAUACGCAUGACAAGACUAAACAACAGUUCAUGCCCCGAGCCACACGGAGUGCACACCGUGCUCGCAGUUGAUAUCCCGCGGCACUAACUUGAGCAAGGCUGCUCCUCAUCCGGUCUCUCUGCUCCCGACUCCCUGCUAUCCGCAACUUGGCCCAUAGUUCUGUAAAUGACCACAUACCUAGUCUCUAUGCUCACGCCGCUGCUGUUGUUGGCUCCACCGAGGCCGUUUUCUUGUCCAUCUCAUUUGGUGGUGUGGAUGGAGUUGACAUCAGCUUUGUCUCAUGGGUCAUGCCACUGUGUUCAAACAGGGACCAGUCGCCAACUUCCUCCUCGAAAAAUUGGUCUUCAUCCAUACCGCGAAUCUCUGCUUCCUCGCUAACACGAAGGGCCAUGAACGGGAUGAACUUCCCGAUGAAUUUCAUGAUGUACAGAAGACAGAGUGACACGGUGAAGGAGUAGCUGGAGAUGGCGGCAAUGUCGGCCAAUUGCCUUGCAACUUGAACACCGACGCCGUCGACGGCGCCCGGGGCUUCAGUGGCUCCAUCAAGCAGUGAGACAGACGAUGAGGCGAAAAUGCCAGUAAGGAAAGCGCCGACCAUUCCACCAAUACCGUGGAGCUUGAAAACAUCCAUGCCUUCGUCGAUACGAAGCCAGUCGUUGACAUUUUGAAGUGAAGCACAUACCAUGGCUGUGAUGAGGCCGAUUGCAGCCGCAAGCCAGACCGAAACGUAACCGGCUGCCGGGGUAAUACCUGAUCGGUGUCAGCUCAAAAUCCAGUGUUCCUGCAAGCCAAAACGUACCGACGAGGCCAGCAAUUGCACCUUCACAAGCACCAACCAGGGAAAGUUUGCCCUUGUUUCGAAUCAUAUCCACAAGCGACCAGCCAAUGACUCCCAUUCCAGCAGAGACAUUUGUGUUCCAUGCAGCAAAGAAGGCUCGGAUGGUAGCGUUGAGAGUCGAGCCGCCCUAGCAUCCUCGUCAGCUACACUGUUCACGAGCCAUACUUGACUGAAGACCUCAACUUACGUUGAACCCAUACCAUCCGAACCAGAUCAUACUUGUGCCAAUGAAGACCAUGGAGAGGUUAUGCGGUCGCAUUGCGGAUUUAUGGCCGUGCAAUUUUCUCUUGCCCAGGACGAGCGCGUAUGCAAGGGCGGAGCAGCCACUGGCCACAUGAACAGGCCCACCUCCUGCAUAAUCCAAUGAUGGGAGGUUGUAGAGCCAGCCAUUACUAUUCCAAGUCCAACACGCAAUGGGACAGUAUCUGCAACGACGGUCUCGUCAGAAUGAGUGGACAAGAUUUACCUGAACUGAACCUGGGGCACAUGUUGGGAAUAAAGGGGCAGGGCACUUACACAAUGGUUGCCCACCAGAAGCCGAAGAACAAAGAUGGAAUAAUCCGACCACGCUCAAAAGCGCCACCGACCACGAUCAUCACGGUGCAAAUGCAGAACAACAGCUGAUAGAGACAGAAUACGAUUUCGGGCAGAUAUGGACUGCCGGGUGAAGGCGCCGCCGUGACAUUUUGCAUGCCGAAGUUGGCCAUGUCGCCAAUGAAUGGCCCGGCUGUGCGCGAAUAGGCCAAGGAAUAUCCCCAAAACAUCCACUGAAAGCAGAUGACUCCAAUCUGUCGGCAGCGGUUGUCAGUUCCGUGAGGCUCUCUCAGUAACGUGGCCCCGCUUGAGAAGAGAGCCUGUGCAUGGGUGGAAUACUCCAUUACUUACCACUCCAAAGGACUGAUAAAGCAUGGCCAGCGCCGACUUCCUACGAGCCAGUCCUCCAUAUAGCAAACCAAGACCGGGAAUGAUCAUCCACACCAAAUAACCGCAGAUGGCGAUGUAGACGGCAUGGUAUUCGAAGCCGGCGAAUUGGGCGUUGACAUCGACUUCGUGGGUAUUGCCGCCGUUGGGGGACGAAGGGUCGAACUCGGGCUGCAAUGAAGAAGCAAGGUCAGAACGAGCCAGGAAAAGAGGGAUAGUCUCUCUUUCGACUUACGGGAUCCAUGUUGUUUGUGACUUGGAGAUUGAUCGCAGGAAUGAAGGCACAGGUUGGACCAAGGUCAGCAGUCAACAGCCACGCGACGUGGUUCACUUGCUGCCAGCGCUCGAGAAAUCCGACUUGUGGGAAAGGAAGGUGGUAGUUCAAAGAAAAUUCGGGGCCAGCAGUCAAGAAGAUAGAUAUAUUCGUCUGGCUAUCGGCGCCUACCACGACUUACUACUAGUACUGUUACCAUCCACCAUCCCCAUACUCCAUCCGUCCGUGGGCUCGUCCAAACCACGGGGGCGUGCGUGCACCGGACGGCUGCCAAGUCUCGAGUGCCAUGGGAGCUAGAAAAUCACAUCGGGACCCACGCGAGUAAGAUAGAUAAAGCAGAAGUGUAGUGUUAUUUUUCGUUUGACAAUUGCAAUUGUCUGGACUUUGCAGAGGAGCGGAAGGCAGGCGAGUCGACUGUUUAUUGGCCGACAGGACAGAUCAAGGCUCUCAGAUGUUUAAGCCAAGGCUGUUAUCAGUCCCGGUGGAGUCGCUGACCCCGGAGUCGAGCAUAUGGCGGCGCCUUGUAUCGGCCCCUUCGCUUGAUGGGCUCUUGGCCACUGUGAUACGAAAGGUAUCUGUGGUAUCUGCUAGUAGGCAAAGGGAAUUCACGG